AUGACAGAAGUUCCAAAGACAUCCAGUCUGACUGAAUGCAAUGGAGACAUGUCACCUGAAAAAGACAUCACUGAAAUUAGUGAUGAGGUUUUCACUUCUGAUGGCCUCAGUCAAUGCCAUGAUGCUGAUGUGAGUCUCGAAGAUUCUUUCUCUAAAGGAAAUCUAGAAGAAAAAUAUUCUAGAGCAAGCAUGAUCUGCAGAGAUUUGGCUUGGUCUUUGGAAGAGAAUAAACAUCUAGAAGAGGACUUUACUGUUCACAAGAGAAUAGCAAGUCUCUCCCUUAAGGAAACAAGAACUGGUGAAGUGACAUCAGAGGAAGGACUUCAGUGGGAGAAGAUUCCUCCAUAUGGAAGAGUCCAAGAAACAACCAGACUGAAGGAAAGUGGCACUGAAAAGCUUCUAGAUGAAAGAGAUGGUGGAAUUAAGGAAAAUGAGGAAUUCCAGGUAGCAGAAACAGAAGAUAACUUGGAGUGGCUGGGAUCUCAGCAACCCAGCAAAGAUGGAAUGAUGAUCAAACAGGACAAAGAAGUAGAGGAUGGUGAGCAAGAGAUAGAUAAUGAUAAUGAGGAUGGUGAUGAUGAUGAUGAUGAUGAAGAAGAUGAAGUACGAUUGAUAGAGUUUAAGAAAGGCAAUGGAAGAGCUUCUCACUUCAAGGAGGAAGGCAAUGGCAGUGAGGACUCCCCUCUGAGCAGCCCCAGUUCACAGCCUAUGACCCCAGAGGAGCUACCGGCCUUGGGAAAGAAGAAUGAUAUUUCCAGACAUACUUAUUCAAGAUACAACACAAUAUCCUACCGGAAAAUUAAAAAGGGGAACACAAAGCAGAGAAUUGAUGAAUUUGAGUCCAUGCUGCAUUUGUAA